GACGACAGCUGGGGCGUCUCGGUCGCACGAGCGCAGAAUGACCAUCAGGACAACGAGUGGCUGGUCACGGCCUCGUACGGCACGCCGGCGCAGCAGAUGCAGGUGGUUCUGGACUCGGGAUCCGCAGACGGGUACGUGUACAGCCCGGCGUGCUGCUAUGCGUCCAACCACUCCGCUUUCGAUCCAGCACGGUCGAGCUCGUUCAAUAACCGUACGCUGGAUGGAAAGACGGGCAGGCAGGUGAGAGCCCCAGCAGGCACGCCCGGCACAGAAUGGAAUGUCACGUAUGGCUCUGGGAGGGGCAUUCAGGGCUACCUCGGCCUGGACACGGUGUCCUUCGGCUCAAACCUCCGCAUAGAGAACAUGACCUUCGCCCUCGCCACGGGCGCGACUGGCGGCUCCUCCUCGGGCAAGAUGGAAGGCCUCAUCGGCUUCGCCCCUUCACGCUCUUUAGACCCGUACUACCCAGGAGGAUGGAACGACCCACUCGAGGAAGGGGUGCGGGAAGGCAAACUAACAAAGCCUUACCUUACCGCUACGCUGGUGGAAGCGGAGCGUCGUACUGGCCUCGGUGGGGGAGGACGCUACACCUUUGGCAGUCUGGACAGUGCAGCUGCAAGGACAGAGCCGACGUGGCUCAAUGCCACCAGCUCCAACUACUGGGGCAUCUCCUACGACUCGAUUCGCAUUGGCUCAACGGACGUGGACGACCCAGCGGACAAGUACCACCGCAUGAUCGUUGACACUGGAACCGCUCUCGUCUUGUUCAGCGAGACGAUCACGGACAAGAUCAACGCGCAGAUUGCAAAUAGUGUCAAGCUACAAGAUGAAGGCGGCGAAGAAGGGGCGGGAAGCACGAGCAAUCCAUGGCUGGUCCCUUGUCGUACGGGCUUGCCGGAGUACGAGGCCCGUCUGUCGGCCGACAAGCGCAACAAGCCCUUUAGCAUCACACUCGGCGGGCAGGAGUUCACCGUACCCGUGAGCAGAUUCGUCUUCUGGCCCUUGGAGCCACGGCCGACCAUGAACGCCACGGUUCCCUUCGAGGACAUGUGCCUCUCGGCCUUCCAGCCCACGAGUGCGCCCUUUGCCGUACUGGGGGACGUCUUCAUUCGAGGGCACGUCGUGACCUUUGAUACGGGA